AUGCAGCUGCCAUAUCGACUGUACGAUCCACCCUGGCCGGACUUGACGAUCUCAGCAAGAACGUUGCAAUUCGCGACCUCCAGGCUUCCUUUGCAUGCACCGUCGGGAUCGGCAGCGAGGCCUGGGAUCAGGUUACCAACGGCCUGGCUCGACCGGGAGCUUCACGACUUUCCCACAGUCCAAGGCAAAGUCCACACUGCCGUUAGCACGCCCGGAGAUUUGCUCUUCCACAUUCGAGCAGAUCGUCGGGACUUAUGCUUCGAGUUUGAGCGACAGCUGAUGGAUCUGCUCAGCGACACAGUCACCGUUGUUGACGAAACCGUAGGGUUUCGCUAUUUUGACGUCCGAGACCUUUUGGGUUUUGUCGAUGGCACUGCUAACCCUGCGGGUUCCGCAGUGGACGACUCGAUCCUUGUUACAGAACAAGACGUCAGUGAUGGUUCAGAAACCGCCGUUGGAGGCAGCUACAUCGUGGUACAGAAGUACGUGCACGACCUGAAAGCCUGGCGUAACUUGUCCACGGAGCAACAGGAAGCCGUUAUCGGGCGUACCAAAUUGGACAACAUUGAGCUCGAUGAUGCUCCGGACGGCCGGCAAGCCGCACAUAAGACCCUGACUACUAUUGCAGAUGAGGCCGGCAACGAGUACAGUAUCCUGCGAGACAAUAUGCCAUUCGGCAAUUCAGGAGCCAAAGAGUUUGGGACUUAUUUCAUCGGCUAUUCAAGACGGCUCUGGGUGAUUGAAAAGAUGCUGAAUCGCAUGUUUGUUGGGGAUCCGCCGGGGCUGCAUGAUCGUAUCCUCGACUUUUCCAGACCGUUGACCGGGUCUACAUUCUUCGCACCAGCUGCUAGCGUCCUUGCCGGGUUGGCCUCCGGUUGA